AUGAAUUCGGAAUCAGCAACACAGAACCAACCUACCGAGUUCACUCCCAUUGUCAUGAACGAGUCACCCGUGGAGGGACUCCAGCAGGACCGGAGAAUGAGUGACGAGUGGGAUGCAUCAAAAGUGCCCCCGAGUCGGUUCCAGAAGCGCAAGGGCUCGAUUUAUGCCACGCCUAGCUCACGCGAUGGGCACGUGGACAGGAACUACGCCGAGAAAUUCCAUGCAAAGUUUGCCGAGAUGAACAGACGCGGGAGUAGAAGCUGA